AUGAGUGAAACCGUGCUGUUAUCAAAGUCGUCGGCCGUUGUGAUGCCACCCAGACCCCGAUCGGCACCGCUCGAGCGGCCAGUAUUCGAUCCGGCCGUGGUCCCGGCGGCCUCGACGACGACCCCGAUCAGCGGUGUGGCCUCGGCCACUGGAAAGCCCGGAAGUGACUACGAUGCGGCCGGCAACAAUUGCCGGUCACCAUCGAAGGGCUUGGCGAAAGACUUCGUUCGGGACAACAGUCGGCUGGUAAAGGAUCUGAUGGCACUGCUGGCCAUUCGAGAGGCAACAAAGGACACGGCGGCGGCAGUGGUACUGGUGGGUGACUGCCCACCCGAAACACCCUCCACCCUGCCACCGGCAAGCGUCGCUGGCAUUGGCAUUGGCGGUGGGCACGGUGAUUUAAUGCUUGUUCCGGUGACGAAAGCGGCGAAAAACCGGCCAGAAAUCGGUGGCGGCGGCGGUGGCGGUGACCAGCUCAUUGCCCGCCACCACCAUUGCGAAGCCACGGCAGUUGCAGUUGCAUCACUGCUGCACCAAACGGCAACCAAGGAGUUUUCUUCCCUAGCCGGGGAAAUGAUUGCGAUAGCGGACGACUCCACCAACACAGGCUCACGGUGCAAUGGUGGCGCAAAAGGGACAAGCACAACAAACGGCAGCGUCGGCGGAGGAGCUGGCGAAGGCACGAUGAUGAUACUGCACGCAGACGCAACUGCACCGGAACCUAACGCACACGAAAGCACGGCCCUGGAAACCGGGAACCACCGACCGAACCCGAAGGACUCGGAGCCAGAGGACGAGACUGGCGAAGGGAAGGUGGAACCGCCGGAUGCACUGGCUCGGCGGUCUCUGUCUGGACCGAUUCGUACACCAGCGGCGGGUCUUGAUCACGCGACCGCUGGUAGUGUUGGUGUCGGCGAACGAGCUGCCGCUCUGUCUGGACCGGGUUUGCCGGCAAACGACAAUCGCUGCCGCCCUUCCGGGUCUUUGCUGGUGGUACCGCCAUUGACGUUGGAGCAAAAGCUGGACAAACUGUUGGACGGGGUGGUGAAGAUAAAGACCGACAUGCAGAAGCGCAUCGAACGGUUGGGCCAGCGGGUCGAGCAGGUCCACCUUGACGUGCAGCUCAACAUCGACAGCACCGAUCGGGCGCUCCUUCGCAACGAUUUGCUGCUGAUCGGCAUUCCGCGGCGUGAACGAGAAGAUUUGGCCCACUACUUCCGGUGCGUGUGCAUUGCACUCGAUUACACCGGGGAGGAUAUUCCCGAGGUGGACAUUCGGCGCCAACAACGACGACGGCGACAACACAGCGUUCGCCAGCGUCAACGAUCGUCGUUUACUGCCGGCGACGGCGACGAUGACCACCGUCCCCGCCGCAAGGAUUGCGAUGCGGCCACCACGCCAAUCCUGGUGGAGUUUAUGUUUAAAACGAUGCGUGAUCAGUUUUACCGGGCGUAUCAGGCCAAACGGGUCCUGCGGCUGUCGGACCUUGGACUCCCGAGCGAUCGGCGCUUCUACGUGAACGAAGCACUGACGAAGUACAACCGCAAGCUGAUGGCCGAGGCGGUACGCCGGAAGCGCGAAGGGCUGCUUCACUCUGUUUACACCGCCGACGGGCUCGUGUACGUGCAGCGGGCCGCCGGCGAUAAGGGCACCAAAGUGACGAGCUUCGCCAACCUCGGCUGA